GGUGUGUACAGCUGCUGUAAAUCGGGCGUGAGGAGGAAUCAGCGGUGAGGAAGUGUGAAAGCCUGCAGCUGUUCACGAGCAGCAGGACCAUCAUGGACAAACCUCCACACCCGCCGCUGCUGACUCCACCGUCAGGCCGCUCCUGAGCCGAGGACACGCGGGGGAAAGUUACCGCCGUCUACCCCGCCGCCGCAGCUGUUUCUGGGACCGAGAGGGCGGAGGUUUCUCCUCCUGUCCCUCCCUGCUGCUGCUGCUGCUGCUGCUGGAAGAACAAGAAGAAGAAGAAGAAGAAGAAGAAAUGUGGCUGAAACCGGAGGAAGUUGUGCUGAAAAACGCUCUGAAGCUCUGGGUGACGGAGAGGAGCAACGACUUCUUCCUCCUGCAGAGGAGGAGAGGCCACGGCGAGUCGACGGGCAGGAUCACAGGUCUCCUUGUGGGGGCGCUGGACACAGUGCUGGACUCCAAUGCCAGGGUCACUCCUUUCCGCAUCCUCCUCCAGGUUCCUGGCUCCCAGCUCAGCUGGGUCAUCGCCAGUGGAGCUGCCGUAGAAGAGGUGAACAAGCACUGGAAUUGGCUGGUCCACAACCUGCUUCACUCUCUGUCUGUGUUUGAGAACAAGGAGGAUGUUGCCAGCUUUGUCAAAGGAAAAGUCAAGGGCCUCAUUGCAGAGGAGGUCCGGGGCCGCCAGGCCGCCCAGGAGGAGGACCCAGAGAAGUUCAGGGAGGCACUGCUUAAGUUCGAGUUGCACUUUGGCCUCCCGUCAUCAGAGAAAUUGGUGACGUUCUACUCCUGCUGCUGCUGGAAGGGCCGGGUGCCUCGGCAGGGCUUCCUCUACCUCAGUAUCAACCACAUGGCCUUCUACUCUUUCCUGCUGGGGAAGGAAGUCAAGUUCGUCAUUCCGUGGGCAGAGGUGACGCGGCUGGAGCGGGUCUCCACCGGGCUGAUGACGGAGGCGAUCCGGGUCAACACUCGGCAGCGGCAGAGAGAGUUCUCUAUGUUCCUGAACCUGGAUGAGACAUUUGGGGUCAUAGGUCAGCUGGCUGACAUUGCUCUCAGGCGGCUGCUGGACAGCGAAGGCCUGGAGCUGGACCGAGUUCUGCAGCAGCCCGCACGCAUCACCAAGAGAAUCCUUGAGGAACAGGCGCUGAGGGAGUACGUCCUCGCUCUGUUUCGUCUCCCUCGCAGCGAGAGACUCCACGAGGUGGCGUCCUGCUCCGUGUGGACGCCGCACGCACGCUGCCAUACGAGCGGGACUCUGUACACCACCGACAGCUACCUGUGCUUCUCCAGCCGGGAGGAAGGCAGCUGCAUCCUGCUCCUCCCCCUCACUGAGGUGUUGUCCAUAGAGAAAGCAGAGAGCACCUCGCCGCUUCCCAACCCCGUCAUCGUUAGCGUCCGCAUGAAGAAGGCGUUCCAGCUGAUCGAGCUGCAGGACAGAGACGAGCUGGUGGACAGUCUCAACUCCAGACUCAGAGCUCUGCAGUGGAAAGUGUCCAUGUUCCGCAGCAGGAAAGACAGCAAGAGGAGCCUGGGCUCGCCGACUCCCUACUACACCUUCUACUACGACACUGGCUUUUCAGACGAGGAGGAGAUCGAGGAGCAGGUUCUACGCAACACCAUCAACAGCGAGGCGCUGAUGACGGCCUUCCACCAGAAACCACCGGGAGCCAACGGCAGCAAGAGCAUGGAGCAGGUGAAGGAGCAGCUGUGGGACAAUCACUUCUCAGAGUUCGGACGCGGCGUCCACAUGUUCCGCACGGAGAAGAUCCAGAGGCUCGUCGCCAUGGGGAUACCGGAGUCGCUGCGAGGGGAGCUGUGGAUGACACUCUCUGACGCGUCCUCAGAGCUGGAGUCUCAUCAGGGUUACUACACCAACCUGGUGCAGACGUCCAUGGGUCAGAGCACCCUCGCCACAGACGAGAUCGAGCGGGACCUUCACCGCUCGCUGCCGGACCACCCGGCCUUCCAGAACCCCACCGGCAUCGCAGCGCUCCGACGCGUCCUCACCGCCUACGCUCAUCGCAACCCGAAGAUCGGAUACUGUCAGUCGAUGAACAUCCUGGCGUCGGUUCUGCUGCUUUACGCCAAAGAGGAGGAAGCGUUCUGGCUGCUGGUGGCCGUCUGUGAGAGGAUGCUGCCCGACUACUUUAACCGCAGGGUCAUAGGAGCUCAGGUGGACCAGUCGGUCUUCGAGGAGCUGAUCCGCGAGCGUCUGCCCGAGCUGGCCGAGCACGUGCCGGACCUGUCGUCCCUGUCGUCGGUCUCCCUCUCGUGGUUCCUCACGCUCUUCCUCAGCGUGCUGCCCUUCCACAGCGCCGUGCGCGUCGUCGACUGCUUCUUCUUCCACGGGAUUAAGGCCGUCCUGCAGCUGGGAUUAGCCGUCCUCGACGCCAACGCCGCGCUGCUCUCGGCCAGCACCGACGAUGGACAGGCCCUGAUGAUCCUCACCAGUUUCCUGGAGCAGGUGGACAGUGAAGCGUCGCCUCGUCCUCCGUCCUCUCCGCCUGCUGCAGAGCAGAGCAGCCACGGUGACGACGACGUCCCCGCCGCGGGACACAUAAACAUCACCGACCUCAUCAACGAGUCGUACGAGAAAUUCGGAGACCUGACCGUGCGUCAGAUCGAGAGACUUCGCUGUCGACACAGAAUCCGAGUCCUGCAGGCUCACGAGGACACGACCAAAGAAAACGCUUUAAGACUGGUGACUCCAGACGUCUCCAUCUCUUCAGAGAACUUGUCCGACAUCUACGACCUCUUUAAGACGGAGCACUUCAUCAGUCUGUACUGGGGCGACAGCAGCUCGGCGGCGGCGGCGGAGGCGGCGGCAUGGAGCUACAUGGACUCCGGCCGCUCGUACCUGGAGCGUCAGUACCGGCUGGACCGGCCCCAGUUCAAGAGCCUGUACGGGCUCCUGGUGCCGUGGCCCGGCGAGUCCAACCAGCACACGGACACGGUGGCCAACCGCACCUUCACGCUGCUGGACCAGGACCGGGACAACCUGGUCACCUUCAGGGAGUUCGCGGGCUGGCUGGACACGUUGUACUGUGAGGAGCUGAACGUGAAGAUACGGCUGCUGUAUCGCCUCCACAUCCCACCAGCUCUGAUUGAGAGCGAGGACGACCCGUCCCUGAUGAAGAAUCCCCUGUUGUCCACUAACAGACCGCUCUACGUCAAUAAACCCUCUGAUGUUGAAGGUGAAGUGAAAAGAGAAGAUUUCCAGGAGCAGCUGAAGCAGAUGUUGAAGGAUUUGGCCAAAGAGAAGCAGAAGGACGUGGACCAACCUCUGCCGCUCAUGAACCAGUGGGAGUUUAUCCAGUUCUGUAAAACCCUCUACAGUUUGUUCCACGGCGACUCGGAGGAGAACGAGCUGUUCCAGGCGAUCGCGACCGUCACCAGCCUCGUGCUGCAGAUCGGCGAGGCCAGUCACCGCGGAGACGGCUCAGAGUCGCCGGUGAAGAAGACACAGGUGACGGCAGGUGAUGAUGUCGCUGCAGGAGGGGGAGGAGGAGGCGGAGACGGGAACACCACAGCGGAGAAGGAGUGGACGGUGAGCUUGGCUCAGAUCGUGGCGUCGCUGUUGACCGAACAGUCGCUGGUGAACUUCCUGGAGAAGUCGGUGGAUCUGAGCGAGAAGAUCGCGGAGGCCAAAGAGAAGCAGUAUCACCAGCGCGCAGGUUUGCUCACGCUGCAGCAAAAACAUCGCAGCUGACGACGCCCACAAACUUCAUUUACUGAUCAGCGAUCGAUCGCUAUCAUAGGACGCAACGCAGCGGAGAGCCUUAACGCGACGUUUCUAAUCUCACAAACUCUACUUUUUUUACUCUAACUGACAAAAGUAAAGGUCCAGUAUGCAACACUCGCGUAUGCUGCGGUCACACGGAUGUUACUCGCAGCGUUUUUACGUACAAAUCAAUGUGCAAAUGUGAAGAGACGCAGUUAGCGUUGACCAGACACGACACGUUCCUGCGUCUUUCGCUCAAGUGGAAAAAUUUCAACGUAAAAGGGUCGUAAAAAACCCAGCGAGCGCGGAAACCAAUCAGCGUCGAUUCUCCAGAUAAUGUCGCAUGACGUCAUUUCCGUGUCCAGUGGCUAGCCAGAUUUGCUUGGUUCACAAGGAAGGAAAAAAACUGUACGACAAAACACAGACCAAGAAAAAGCUUGGACUAAAGUCAGAGAGGAAGUCGGUCUAUCGCCACUCCUGCAAAAAUUGCACAGAACAUGAUUUUGCGGCGCGUUGAGCGUGAGCACAGACGUCACAAAUGUCACUAAAAAGGUCCUUUCACGACUUCUCGACUCGUAGAACUCGCCAUCGCAGAAAUGCCAGAGUGAUAUAACGAGGUACUGAGUCUAAGCAGGAAUUAACGAUGUGUCGACCCGGCUCGUGAACUUGCGAUAAAGACAUACUCGUCUGGUGAACCCGUCCAUUCGAUCCCAGCAGAGAUGCUCGUUUCCGACGGUACUCGAAUGUGUAAAGAAGCUCAAAAACAACGUACAAAAGUUCUCUAUAUUUACAUAAGUAAUGUUUGUUGAGGCAGAAAGUUGCAUAUCGGACCUUUUUAUGUAAAAAAUAGUGAAAAAUAAUCCGUCACGACUUUCACUUCAAGCAUUAAAUUAAUAAUAAACUCACGACUAACGCGUAUAAAUAACUUUCUAACGCUUUAUUGAUUCACUUUUCCCAGAUUAAUCGUCUUUCUUGUUUUUUUUCUCGUCCUGAGCCAAAGUUUUUGAGAAAUCUGCCUUUAAAAAAAAAUGUAAAUAAUUGUUGAUUUUUUUUGGAGAUUAGUGAUGAAACAUUUCCAUGGUAACACUAAAAGGCUGAAUGAUUAAGUAUUAAUAUGUGAAAUAUCUCUUUAUGGAGGCUGCCUUAUUUAAAGUUGCAUUAACAAUCAUUACAGCGUGUGUUUUUUUUACUGAUUUUAUAACUUUUUUUCUUUCAAUAUCACAUUUUUUCACAUGCACAAAACUCGUUAAAUGGACUUUUGUUUUUUUUUAAGUUUUUAAGAAACACUGCGGAAGUUUAAAGCAGAAGACAACACUGGAGGAUUUUCAAAAUAAAAAGCACUUGAAAAACA